UGAUGAGUCAGAGACACAGCUACUGCUACAGCCUGCUCCACUCCUCUCCGUUCCAACUCUACACCGUGUUUUUUGUUUUAAUGGAUCUCAUUGGAGCAUACAACGACCUUUAACCUCUUGACGUCAUCAACCAGUCCUUCACCCGGGCAGAUCCAUGACCUCCCUCUCUUCUCUCUCUGCAGCUGCUGCCCUGGGGAACCUUGUGUCGGACCUGGCUGGACUCGGCCUUGCAGGUUACGUGGAAGCCCUGGCCUGUCGUUGUGGGUUGGUGGGCCCUGAUCUGAAUCCCAAACAGGCUGACAUGUGGCAGACCAGAGUUAGCACCCACAGUGGUAAAGCCAUCGGAGUUGCCAUCGGCUGCAUUUUAGGGAUGUUCCCGCUACUCUUCUUCAAAGAUGAGACGAAGAAGAAAGCGGCGGAAAGGGAGGGUGCAGAAGGAUCACUAACCUCCAUCUCCACUGGCAGCAGCAGCAGUAAUUGAGACAACUUGACCGAAAGACUUACCUUCUCGGGAAGAGAGAGAGAACUUAUCAUUGGACUACCGCUACUUCACAACCUAACUACUGCAUAAUGAAUAACCUCAAUCAAGCGUGACUACAUGAUGUCAAUUGUUGAUGUCAAUGUCUUAAAUAGUUCCUACUGCAACGUUCAAAAGCAGUAUGAAGAAAAAAACAACAAAGAUGAUAAAUACAAGUGGACCACUCUUCCAACCACGUUUUCUGCUGCUUCUUUGGGUUGUUUAGUUUAGUUUUGUUUUGUUUUUUGAGUUGGUGCAACUUUUCCUUUUUGAGUUUGGUGUAACUUCAAAUCAAAUCACAUUUUAUUUGAACUUAGUCCUAAUCAGAGGUGGCCAGGAUGGAUUUCUGGUGGACGACACUCAAUUCAGUUCAAUUGAACUGUAAUAUCUCUCAACGGGGGGAUAUCCCUACAACAUCUGGUGUACGUAAUCAACAUGCUGUGGGGCUGUUGUCUCUUUAGAUUAAAGGACCGUGUGAGGAGAGGACAAGGCCAGCUGCUAUAGCUAGAUAACACAUUUACAGAAACUAUUCAGUCUUCAGUUAGUAUACUGAGGUUGGACCUUUCCUACUGGAUUUCAUUGGGGCGGCAGGUAGCCUAGUGGUUAGAGUGUAGGGACGGCAGGUAGUACUAGUGGUUAGAGUGUAGGGUCAGCAGGUAGCCUAGCACUACA